AUGAGGUUCCCACUGCUGUGGUUUGGUGUGCUGAGCUCUCCUGCUAACCCUGACCAGAUGAAGUGCAGAGUUGCUAACCGCUUCCCAGGUUUCUCCCUCAACUUUAGCCGUCCCAGGCAUUCCAUCUCCAGGAGUUCACCCUCAAACAUCGAGCUCGUCACCAUGCCUAAGGUGAAGGAACUCCAGCAGAACAUCACAGAGAAGGUCACCCAAACGCUGUCUCUGGGCACCAAUGUGUUCCCUGAGUAUCAGCCCCAGACUCCAGAUGUCCAUAAGUGGAUCAUGCUGCACUCCAGUCCCUCUAAAGCAGUAUGGGAUUGGGUCGUCCUGCUGCUAGUGCUCUACACUGCAAUCUUCACUCCCUACUCAGCUGCAUUCCUGCUUAAUGAGCUGGCAGAGAAUCAGCAACACGUCUGCGGUUACACCUGCAACCCGCUAAAUAUUGUGGAUGCCGUUGUGGAUCUUCUGUUCAUGGUGGACAUCGUGAUCAGCUUUCGCACUACAUACAUCAGUCAUAAUGAUGAAGUGGUAACACAGCCAAAACGCAUUGCUAUCCACUACAUUAAAGGCUGGUUUCUUAUUGACAUGGUGGCUGCCCUUCCUUUUGACCUGCUCAUCUUUAAAUCUGGAUCAGAUGAGACAACAACCAUUCUGAUUGGUCUCCUGAAGACUGCACGACUGCUCCGAUUGGUCCGUGUGGCCAGGAAGUUAGAUCGGUACUCAGAGUAUGGAGCUGCAGUCCUCUUCUUGCUCAUGUGUACUUUUGUGCUCAUCGCACAUUGGCUGGCUUGCAUCUGGUAUGCUAUUGGUCAUGUGGAGAGGCCCUACAUGAAAACAGGCUGGUUGGAUAACUUGGCUGAUCAACUAGGGAAGUAUUAUAAUGACAGUGAUGCCACCUCAGGACCAUCCAAAAAGGAUAUGUACGUCACUGCGCUAUACUUCACCUUUAGCAGUCUGACCAGUGUGGGUUUUGGGAAUGUCUCACCCAACACCAACUCUGAAAAGAUCUUCUCCAUCUGUGUCAUGCUUAUUGGCUCCCUCAUGUAUGCCAGCAUAUUCGGAAAUGUCUCUGCAAUCAUACAGCGUCUUUAUUCUGGAACCACGCGCUACCACACGCAGUUGCUGAGGGUCAAAGAGUUCAUCCGUUUCCACCAAAUACCACCCGCCCUGAGGCAGAGGCUGGAGGAAUAUUUCCAGCAUGCUUGGUCCUACACAAAUGGCAUUGAUAUGAAUGCAGUUUUGAAAGGAUUUCCUGAAUGCCUACAGGCUGAUAUCUGUCUGCACUUGAACCGCAAUCUGCUACAGAACUGCAGGGCCUUCAAAGGGGCCAGUAAACCUUGCCUGAAAGCCCUUGCCAUGCGCUUAAAAACCACCCACUCCCCACCAGGGGACACUCUCUACCAUCAAGGCGAUAUUCUCCAUACCCUGUACUUCAUCUCCUAUGGCUCAAUUCAGGUGUCCUGCAAUGACGUUGUCCUUGCUAUACUAGGCAAAAACCAUAUCUUUGGCGAGCCCAUUAACUUGUACACAGAACCUGGCCAAUGCAAUGCUGAUGUGAGGACACUCACCUAUUCUGAUCUCCAUCAAAUCCAGAGAGAUGAUCUCUUGGAGGUCCUAGACAUGUACCCAGCCUUUGCUGAAAGCUUCUGGAGGAAUCUGGAGAUCACUUUCAACCUCAGAGAAGUAGAUCAGGUCCUUCACACCCUACACAGCGAAGAUAAUGGCUGCGAUUACCAUAUUAAUCACCCAAGACGUCACAAAAACUCACUAGAAAGGCGCAACAGGCCAGAUGGAAUGGAUCAAGAUGAUUCCUAUUCAGUACAAACAUGUACCCACCUGGGUCAUCACUGCUUUGCUGGCUCUCACACUCACUGGGAUGAACUGUAUAGCUGUGGCUCCUCCAGAACUCAGUCCAGUGAGAACAUCAACAAACGACCUCUUAUCCACAGCCAGGUAUAUACACCUGAAGGAGACCCCCAGGAUUACCCUCCAUCUGCCCUACGGGUGAUUCCACCCAAUAGCAAAUCUGGAAUGGGUAUAGAGCCUGCAAUGGACAGAGCUCAUCUCUCUGGAUUGUACCAUUAUUGGCCAAAUCGCUGGUCCACUCAGUGUGCAGGCCGUUCUUACAAAUACUCUUCUGUCCAAGCCUCAUAUCAUCCACCUCCGUUUUCAGAAGACUGUCCAAGCGAGCUUGAGUCCAGACUCGAGUUAAUGCAAAGUCAGCUUAACAGACUCGAGGCAAGAAUGACUGCAGAUAUUAACGUGAUUCUUCAGCUCCUCCAGAGACAGAUUACCCCUGUACCCCCAGCAUACAGCUCUGUAUCACCUGGUAACCACUGCCCAGACCCCUCGAUCCUGUAUGGAACUAGUGCACCAGUGCUCUACAACCUGUACCCCAUUCAAACGGAGAGCAGAGCUACUAUGAUCCAGGUGAAGAUCUUCUUGGAAAAAGUUCACAGUUUUGUUUAG